GCUUCCAGAAUAACAAGCAAGACAACUUUUACAUGACUGUUGUUGACCAGUCCCUUCCGUGCAUGGGUUUGGUAUGCUAUGGUUGGUUUUUUGAAAGGAUUGGACAAAUUCUUUGAAUUAUUCUCAGGGAGGACUGACUCCCUGAAGGCAGUACAGAUGCUGUGAGAAAGACAUCAGCAGGGUGGCUAUGUAUGUUCCUCUGAUCUCUGUGACUGCUGAGACUCUGGGAAGCUGUCCUUCUGAUUGAUACGGGGGAAAAUGCCGAAACUAGUGGCUACAGAUGUCUUUAAUUCCAAAAACCUGGCCGUUCAGGCACAAAAGAAGAUCUUGGGCAAAAUGGCGUCCAAGUCUAUCGCAACCACCCUCAUCGACGACACAAGCAGUGAAGUGCUGGAUGAGCUGUACAGGGUGACCAAGGAGUACACCCAGAACAAGAAGGAGGCAGAGAAGAUCAUCAAAAACCUCAUCAAAACCGUCAUCAAGCUGGCCAUCCUUUACAGGAAUAACCAGUUCAACCAAGACGAGCUGGCGCUGAUGGAGAAGUUUAAGAAGAAAGUUCAUCAGCUUGCUAUGACGGUGGUCAGCUUCCACCAGGUGGACUUCACCUUUGACCGGAACGUGCUGUCCAAGCUGUUGAACGAGUGCAGAGAGAUGCUGCACCAGAUCAUCCAGCGCCACCUCACCGCCAAGUCACACGGACGGGUUAACAACGUCUUUGAUCACUUCUCAGAUUGUGAUUUCUUGGCGGCCUUGUAUAAUCCCUUUGGAAAUUUCAAACCCCACUUACAGAAACUGUGUGAUGGUAUCAACAAAAUGUUGGAUGAAGAGAACAUAUGAGCAUGUGAGUUGAGAUUGUGACUGCUCAUGAUUUAUUUGAAGAUGGAGCUCUGCUGAUUUAUGAAGGAAAAAACAAGAAGAAUGUUUUAAAAGAUUACACAUAUUUCAGAAAGACUAUGCCCAAUUCAGUUGUCAGACAUUCAUGGUAAUGUUUUAUGAGGCUUGUUUUAUUUGAAGAAAAAUGUAUUGGCAAAUAUUCUGGUUAAAAACUUCUCAACAGUUAACAGAUCAUGGGAAAGAUGUAUGGUUGCAUGAUGCAAAUACAGAGUUAUAUAAAGAAAGAUACGUGUGGCUCCAAACCUCAAAGACAUCUUUUUUUUAGGGCAGUUGUGUUGGUGGCACAUUGGAUAUUUCUAACGUGUACAGAGUUGUGUAUUUUGGUUCACCUUUAUUCCUUACUAUAUAUGUGUACCUCUUUUAAAAAGCCAAGAACCCCCUCUUACUGUCAUUUCUCCUUUUGAAGCAAUUCCAUUUUCAAGUUUACCUUUUGUUAAAGAUUCUUUUGUUAAAGACUUUCUCAUUGACAUUCAAAAGUUCCAUCUUAAUUAAGACAUUCCGGUUUUAAGACAGUCGAACCCUCAGAAAAAUAGAAAACUGCUUCUCUGAAAUCAGUAUUCUAGAAAUCAGUUGUAUUUGACAUUAUGAAUAAUUUAGUCAAACAUAAGACUAUGCUUCUGGAAUCAAGUCCUGUUUCUUAGUAGCAACAGUAAUACUUCCUCAAACAUGAAAAUUCCCCCAAAUGACAUGCCAUUUGCCUUGAAAUGCUUGCUGAGGGCUUAACUUGUAUGUCAUCUUGAAAAUGUGCUGAUGGAAUCUCCAUUUUUCAUGUCUGUUUUAAAUGUAAGAAACAAAGAGAAAAUCUAGAUCAUUCCUAAUAUUGGGACUAUAAAAAGUAAAUGCUUUUAAGAAUGAUAAAACAAUCUAUACUUUAGUGGUGAGCCCAUCAGAAUAAUUUAAUUUAGGAGGAGGAGAGGCAAAAGGGAAGAACGAAUCUUGCUACAAGAACAUGAGAAUGAAUGCAUUUCAAUGUUUAGUAAGGUUUGAUAGGUAAAUAAAGUGUUACUUUUUUAUUUAACUGAUAAGAUUUUGCUGUUUUGUUAUUUGCUGUUUUGAUGAGUAAACCAAAGAAUAUUUGCAUUCCAA